GUGGUAGUGAUGUGAGAAACAUUCGUGAGUUGGUUGGUCGGCGACAUCGGCAGGCCGAGAGAGCGGAACGACGAGAAAGAGAGAAAAGUUGGAAGUGUGACGCGGAGCGAAGGAGAAGGAGCGGCGCGGCGCGGUUUCGGCUUCUUGGCAUCGGCUUGAUCGGCUUCAGAAAUGGCCGCGGGAAAGUAGAGAGCGGAGCGUUUUGUCGCUGCUGGCAGGCAGGCUGGUUGGUUGGUCGGCCGGGUCGGAAUCGGUUGGGUCGGACAUUGGCUAAAAUUUUUGAAAGAGCACACACGCGCUCGUUCAUCCCGGCGCAUCGUUCGACACACACGCGCGCGCGCGCGCGCGAUCGAUUCACGCAGCGAUCUCGAAGAAGAGCAGCGGCGCGAGAUGCAAGAGCUCGGUGCGUGAUAACGAUAAUCUCAGGAAACUGCGUGAAUCGCACGAGGACCAGGAAUAGGAACACAAUUAUAUACGAUUUCUCCAGUUCAACCUGAGCGUGAGAGAGGAUGGCCGGCGACGACGGAACAAUGACGAACAAUGAGAUUCUCGGCGCGGAGCGAGGAGGGGAGGAGCAGGGUACGUCGGUGCGAGGAGAGCUGCAUUCCAGAGUGGGCGGCAUUCUGGAAUGCGAUCCCCCCGGUAACAGGAAUUCGUCGAACGAGCGAGUCGCUGCCACUGCUGCCGCCGUUGCCGCCGACGACAACGAGGACGGUGUCUGCAGAUAUGCGGUCGGCGCUGCCAACCGCGCUAUGUCUUUCUUCGAAAUGUGUCAGAUUCGACUGCAACACCUUUUUCCACAAUUAAGCUCACCGCCUCGGUACAAUAUUCACGACGAUUCCAUAGAAUCGACAGCGGAGAGUCUGGCCAACGAUGUAAUACGGUAUUUGUUGAAAGAGGAUAUCUAUCAAAUGUCACAGGAUUCAGUGUCUCGCAGCAUGAGGCAUAAUGUGUAUCAAAUGCUCAACAAGCACAGUAUUCUCUUUACGAGUAUGGUGAAUCGUCUAAAUGUAGUCCCGGACACUGCGUAUGAAACAUUUAUGGGAGUUGCUAAUGAGUUAUUUUUACACGGCGUUAUCACGUGGGCUAGAAUUGUUUGCUUAUAUGCUUUCAUGGGCAGAUUAGCCUUAUGGGCGAGAGAUAGAAGAAUGCAUAGUCUUAAAAAGAAACUGCCACUUUACAUUUCGAGAUACGUGGGUGAAAACAUAACACACUUCAUUAAAGGCUACGGCGGGUGGGAACAAUUAUGCGUGGAGUAUCCUGUGGCGGAAGAAAUUAGCGGAGCAAUUUGGAGGAGUCUAUUAAUGACCGGAGCCACUCUUGGAUUAAUCGCCACGAUCUUGUCGGUAACUUCGUGAUGGAGUUUUGCAAGAUCGUGUGGUUUCAGUAUGUCUUAUCCAAAAAGUUUUUGCGUACUUAUGUUCUACGAGGACACUUGAAAAAAAAUGUGAAUAGAUUUCUAUGAUGUACGCACAAUGUUGCAUUUUACACGGACAUUGGAGCAAUUUGAUUCAGAUGGAACGCUUGCUACGUCUAUACGAGAAACAAGAUUAACAAAAGAUAUUUCAACGCGUUGACACACAUAAUUUUCAUAUCAAUGUCACUCGGUUUAGACUCGUCCUACUUUUUAUAUAACUCCAGCCAACAUACAUAAUAUGAGCGACAGACAAUGACGCUAGUUUCCUAUUGCAAUAUCUUGUAACAAACUAGUGAAAUUAGUGGACAGAAUAUCUUAUUUAAUUCUACAAUGUGAACACUUGGUAUUAAUGUAAUUUCUAAUAAUACUCAAAAUUGAAGAAA